CCGACAAUUUCUUCUAUUGCUCAAACUAUCUCGACCCGAGCUGUGUCUGCUCGGGACUUAGAUCGUAUCGAUCACCCCAAACGCCCCAGCUCUGCCUCUUCAGCUUCUUUGUUUAAUUUGCUCAAAGGUAAAACGACUUCUCAGACUGAAUCCACCACGAUUUGCACAUCUCCUACAUAUCAGCCAGCAAGAACUUUUACUCGAGGCCUGCCAGAUCUUGGCUCUACUUCUUGUUUACUCACAGAAGCUACAGCCAGCUCUGGAACUACAUCAAGUCGGCCGGCUUCGGAGCCAGGUGUCUGUAUACCUUCUUCUGUUGCUGGAGACAACAAGCGAUCCUAUAUUGACAACUCAUUGCCUCUAGCCAUUCACGCUAACCUAGGUAGUUAA